AUGUCACAGGAGAAAGAAGAAGAGACAAUGGAACUGAAGUGGAAAUUGAUGAACCGAGAGGAAGUUUCCCAAGUGAGAGGAGUUGUUCUGCAGAAAAGUACCUGUGAGUACUGGAAUAAAAUCUGGGACUUCCAAGCCAAACCUGAUGAUGUACUCAUUUCUUCCUAUCCUAAAGCAGGAACAACAUGGCUGCAAGAGAUUGUAGAUAUGAUACAGAAUGAUGGAGACAUUGAAAAAACAAGACGAGCUCCAACUGACAUACGAAUGCCUUUCCUUGAAAGGAUAAACCCACCCUAUGUUGGACUGGAUAAGGCUAAUGAAAUGCCUUCACCAAGAGUCCUGAAAACCCAUCUUCCUGUGCAACUACUGCCUCCAUCCUUUUGGAAAGAAAACUGUAAGAUAAUCUAUGUGGCCAGAAAUAUCAAGGAUAACAUAGUGUCCUUCUUCCAUUUCCAAAGGAUGAAUAAAGGACUUCCAGAUCCAGGAAGCUGGGAAGAGUAUUUUGAAACAUUCUUGGAAGGCAAGGGUUUAUGGGGAUCCUGGUAUGAUCACGUAAAAGGAUGGUGGGAAGCAAAAGACAUUUACCCCAUUCUCUACCUCUUCUACGAAGACAUUAAGAAACAUCCCAGGCGGGAAAUUGAGAAAGUGAUGGAAUUCCUGGGGAAGAACCUGGAUGAAAAAGUUUUAGAUAAAAUUGUCUAUUAUACUUCAUUUAAUGUAAUGAAGAACAAUCCUAUGUCAAACUAUACAUUAAGUUCCCUGAUGAAUCAGUCUGUAUCCCCAUUCAUGAGGAAAGGUGUGAUUGGAGACUGGAAAAAUUAUUUCACUGUAGCCCAGAAUGAGAGAUGUAAUGAAGACUAUAGGGAAAAGAUGGAUGAUACUACACUCUCUUUCUCCAUGGAAUACUAA